CGCAGCGCGGGGAUCGACCUACAGACUGAAACGAGCCGCGAACGCAACAAGUUCAACGCAAAGAUGAGACUUUUCUGUUUUCACUUCUCGAGGCGAAGUCGAGUGUAGACGCGAGCGGAUGUCGCGAGUCGGUCGACGAGUUGCUGCUGGAGUUGCUCGUGUUGUUGCUCGUGUUGCUCGUGUUGUCGUCGUCGCCUCGGUCGAGGCAGAGUUCUCCUCGGGGCGGAGGAUGGCAGCGGGCGACUGAGUGAGUCGGGUCCGGGUCCAGGGCGACACACGUCGGCUGCAGCCGCCGCCGACUCGUCGGUGUCUCUCCGCCAUGUCGCGUCCAUGUCACUUCGCCGAGGAGCUGGACUUCCGCCUGAGCUUCGAGGAGGACGGCGCCGCGGCAGGUACGUGGCGUCCGGCCGACGGUCCAGACGUUAAUGUGCGGACACCUCCGUCCUCCACUCAGGCUCGGGUGGAGCCGCCCGUGAGCCAGGAGCUGCUGAGCCACCCUCCAUAUUUCUCCCCCUCGGACAACUACCAGCAUGUUGGCUGCUACGCCCAGGGGCCCCAUUACGCUGCCCAGGGGCACUCCAGAGCCUUCGACUGCCCGAGUAUCCAGAUCACCUCCAUAGCUCCUUACAACCACAUGGAGCCCAGCACAGGACAGGAAGUAUUGGCGGUGGGUGGGGCAGAGGGGGGCUACCCCGAGGCAUCCUGGUCCAGAGACCAGCUUUACUUGCCCCUGGACCCCUGCUACCGGGCCCCGGUGCUCUGCCCGAGCCCCUGCAGCAGCCUGUCGUCCAGGAGCUGGAUGUCCGACUUGUCCUCCUGCGAGUCCUUCUCCCACGUCUAUGAUGACGUGGAGGGGGAGCUUGGCGAUGCCGCCCGUCGCGCCCUGGGGUCCCCACUCGGGUCACCUCUGGGGUCCCCGGGCUGUGGGGGCGGAGCCUUUGGGGUGGAGUUAUGGCAACAAAACUACCAACAUCCUCUAGCCUUCAGCCCGGCGCUGUCGCCCCAUCAGUCGCCCCGUCAGUCGCCCCGUCAGUCGCCCCGUCAGUCGCCCCGUCAGUCGCCCUGCCACUCCCCUUGCACCAGCGUCACAGAGGAGAGCUGGCUGAACCGCCGGCCCACCUCCAGGCCGUCAUCCAGACCGACCUCCCCGUGUGGAAAGAGACGCCACUCGGGCGCUGACCCCAGCAUCCGUGCCCGCUCUACCUCCCCUCACCACUCGCCUAGCCCCUCACCGAGCGCCUCCCCUCGGGACAGCGUGACCGAGGACACCUGGGUCGGAAGCCCCAUCGGUGUCCUCGGACCCCUCCCGAUGUCUGGCUACCAGGAGCUGGACGUCCCAUCCAAGACCAGGAGGACGACGGGAAGCCAGCUGGGACUCCUUCCCGGUCAGGGAGAACCGGGGCUGGAACUCUUCCAGGAUUCUCCAGGGGAAGAGGGACGUGAACAGGACGGCCUGGCCGAGCUUUUCCUUCAGGUGCCCUCCCACUUCAGUUGGAACAAACCCAAACCUGGAAACCCUCCUCUGUUCAGCGCCUCGUCCCCCCCUCCCCUGGACUGGCCUCUGCCCAGCCAGUACGACCAGUGUGAGCUGAGGCUGGAGGUCCAGCCCAAGUCCUACCACAGGGCACAUUACGAGACGGAGGGCAGCAGAGGCGCCAUCAAAGCAGCUACCGGAGGACAUCCUGUCGUAAAGUUGAGCGGAUACAGCGAGCAGCCCGUCAGCCUGCUGGUGUUCAUCGGCACCUCGGACGACCGCUACCUUCGCCCCCAUUCCUUCUACCAGGUCCACCGGGUGACGGGGAAGACGGUCACCACCACCUGCCAGGAGAGAACCAUGGACUACACCAAGGUCCUGGAGAUCCCUCUGCUUCCAGAGAACAACAUGUCUGCCAGCAUCGACUGCGCCGGCAUCCUGAAGCUGCGCAACGCCGACAUCGAGCUGAAGAAAGGCGAGACCGACAUCGGGCGGAAGAACACGAGGGUGCGAGUCGUGUUCAGGGUCGCGGUGCCUCAGCCGGACGGGCGGAUGCUGUUGUUACAGGCGGCGUCUAUUCCUGUGGAGUGCUCCCAGCGCUCGGGCCAGGAGCUUCCUCUGGUGGAGAGCUUCAGUCCAGCCAGCUGCUCUGUGGACGGAGGGGCGGAGCUGCUCAUCACCGGAUCCAACAUCUCCACCCUGUCCAGGGUUGUUUUCAUGGAGAAAGGUCCUGAUGGAAGAUCACUGUGGGAGAUGGACGCCAGAGUUGUGCCAGAAAAAAGCAGCGGAUCCAGCGUCGUGGUCGAGGUUCCUCCGUACUGUAAGAAGACAACGGGUCCGGUCCAAGUUCAGUUCUACGUCUCAAACGGGAAGAGAAGAAGAAGUCUGACGCAGAGCUUCACCUUCCUGCCUGUAGUCCGACGUCACCUCCCCGCCGCCGCCACCAGACCCCAGCUGGUCAAACAGGAGCGCUGGGAGCUGGACCACAUCUCCCACAAUCCACCUGGAUUCGGCCCAGAAGUGGCUUAUUAUGAUUCCUGCGAUCUCCCGGUGCAUUGUGGGGCAAAGGUUCCUUCUCCUUCCCAGAAGGCACUGUUUCUCCAUCACCCUCCUCCUUCCUUAAUGUUUCCUCACACCUCCUCCUCCCCCCUCAUGCCUCCUCAGACUUCCUCGCUCCCCCAUCAGACCUUGAUUCCUCUUCAGACCUUCACCCUGCCUCCUCAGACCUCCUCAAUCCCCACGAUGCCUCGCCAGGCUUCUUCUGUCCCCCUUCAGGCCUUCACCACCAUCCCCCCUCAGACCUCCCCCGUGGCACCUCAGAGGGAACAGUCUCGAUCUCCGAGCUCCAGAAGAACCUUGGUGACCCCCGCCGACCCCCACAGGGACCCUCUGCGGAGCGUCAAGCGAGAGCCGGAGGACCAGCCCAACCCGGGGUCCCCGGGCCUCCAGGAGAUCACUCUGGACGACGUGAACGAGAUCAUCGACAGAGACAUCGGCGUUCUGAGCAGCGGCGCCCGGCCCGACCAGUUUGACCAGUACCACCAGUACGACUGUGAGCACAGGGCCGGCGACGCCGCCUCACCGUUCUGUGGAGGCCCUCAGUAGCCGGGGCCGAGUCCUCGGAGGGGGGACGACCUCCGGGCCGCGUCCUCGGAGGGGGGACGACCUCCGGGUCGCGUCCUCUGAGGGGGGACGACCUCCGGGUCGCGUCCUCGGAGGGGGGACGACCUCUGGGUCGCGUCCUCGGGGGGACGACCUCCGGGUCGCGUCCUCGGAGGGGGGACGACCUCCGGGUCGCGUCCUCUGAGGGGGGGGGACCUCCGGGCCGCGUCCUCUGAGGGGGGACGACCUCCGGGUCGCGUCCUCGGAGGGGGGACGACCUCCGGGUCGCGUCCUCGGGGGGACGACCUCUGGGUCGCGUCCUCGGGGGGACGACCUCCGGGUCGCGUCCUCGGGGGGGGACAACCGGACGGUCACAUGUGCACUAAGUGCACCAGACUGAUCUUCAAGUGCCUGAAAACCCACCAGCGGCCUCCAGGGGGCCUCGCGUCACCUCGCCGUUUCCUCGUCUGUCUCAGGAAUUUCCGUGCUAACUCGUACCUCAGAGACAAACCAAAGGUUUUUUAUUUUGUUUGAUCUUUUUAUGACGAAUUAGAAGAAUUCUAAAAUGAAAGUAAAAGGGCUGCAAAUCAACCGUCAGAGUAAAUGUGACACAUUCAUAACAAUCUGUAGCGUCAUCGCAGGAAAAUAAGAAAAUCAAUCUGUCGUUAUUUAUUGGCCAGUUAAUUAAAGAAAUUUAUUUUUGAUACUCUGGAUCUGGUCCAUUAAAAAACUCUUUCAAGUCUGUCAGGUGAUUUUUUAUACUCUGCACGGUUUCACAUUUCCUUCACUGAAUCAUCGACAUCACUGUUCGACCUGAACUGUUCCGGUGUGAAGCUUCAAGACACUGAAUUAUGGAAAUGUAUCGUAACGGUUGAAGUAAAAAAAAAAAGAAAACUCUU